AUGACUAACUUGCAAUAUCUACACUUGGAUCAUAACAAUUUUGUUGGAAAUAUUCCAAGUAGUAUAUUCAACUCUUCUAAUCUUAUUCAAUUUCAAUUGAGUGUCAAUGCAUUCAGUGGAACUCUACCCAAUAUUGAUUUUGGAGAUUUAGUAUUGCUUGAAUUGUUUCACAUAUAUAACAACAAUUUGACAAUCGAAGAUUCUCAUCAAUUCUUUACUUCCUUGACAAAUUGUAGGCAUUUGAAAUAUCUAGACUUAUCAGGGAAUCAUGUACUACCCAAUCUUCCUAAGUCAAUUGGAAACAUAACUUCAGAAUUCUUCCGGGCACAGUCAUGUGGAAUUGAGGGUAAUAUUCCCGUAGAAGUUGGAAACAUGAGCAACUUGCUAUUACUUUCUCUAUAUGACAAUAAUAUAAAUGAACCAAUACCUCAUUCACUCAAAGGGCUAGAGAAGCUUCAAGUAUUGUCUCUUGCUUACAAUGCACUCAAAGGAUCAUUCAUUGAUGAGCUCUGUCUAAUUAAGAGUUUAGGUGAGUUGUAUCUAGAAAAUAAUAAGCUUUCUGGUGUUUUACCAACAUGUUCGGGAAAUAUGACUUCUCUUAGAAAAUUGAACGUAGGAUCUAACAAUUUGAACUCUAAGAUACCUACAUCUCUUUGGGGUCUCACUGAUAUAUUAAUGUUAGAUUUGUCCUCCAAUGCUUUUAUUGGUGAUUUUCCACCCGAUAUUGGGAAUUUGAGAGAACUUGUAAUAUUAGAUCUAUCAAGAAAUCAAAUUUCAAGCAACAUUCCUACAACCAUCAGUUCCUUACAAAAUUUGCAGAAUCUCUCCUUAGCUCAUAACAAAUUGAAUGGGUCAAUUCCCACAUCACUUGGUGAAAUGGUAAGCUUGAUCUCCUUGGACUUGUCCCAAAAUAUGCUAGCUGGUGUUAUUCCAAAGUCAUUAGAAUCACUUUUGUACCUUCAGAACAUCAACUUCUCAUAUAAUAGAUUACAAGGAGAGAUUCCUGAUGGUGGACCUUUCAAGAACUGCACAACUCAAUCUUUUAUGCAUAAUGGACCACUUUGUGGAAAUAUUCGCCUCCAAGUACCACCUUGUGCAACAAAUGGAUUCAAUGAGAGAAAAUUACUUGGAAGGGGGAGCUUUGGCUCUGUGUAUCAAGGGGAGCUUCCUGAUGGUGAGAUUAUUGCAGUCAAAGUAUUUGAUUUACAAUCAGAGGCAAAAUCAAAGAGCUUUGAUGCAGAAUGCAAUGCAAUGAGAAAUCUACGGCAUCGAAAUCUGGUAAAGAUUAUCAGUAGUUGCUCAAAUCUUGAUUUCAAAUCAUUGGUGAUGGAGUUCAUGUCAAAUGGAAGUGUAGACAGUUGGUUAUAUUCAAAUAACUAUUGUCUAAGUUUCUUGCAAAGGUUAAAUAUAAUGAUAGAUGUUGCAUCUGCAUUGAAAUAUCUUCAUCAUGGUUCUUCAAUGCCUGUGGUUCACUGUGAUCUAAAGCCCUCCAAUGUCAUGUUGGAUGAAAAUAUGGUUGCCCGUGUUAGUGAUUUUGGUAUUGCUAAGCUCAUGGAUGAAGGUCAAUCUAAAACUCAUACACAGACUUUAGCUACUAUUGGAUACCUUGCACCAAAGUGUGGAACUAAGGGGAUUGUUUCUGUGAAAGGAGAUAUUUACAGCUAUGGGAUUAUGCUAAUGGAAAUCUUCACAAGAAGAAAGCCAACAGAUGAUAUAUUUGUUGCAGAACUAAGUUUGAAGACAUGGAUCAGUGAAUCAUUGCCAAAUUCAAUUAUGGAGGUCUUGGAUUCAAAUUUAGUCCAACAAAUUGGGGAACAAAUUGAUGACAUAUUGAUUUACAUGUCAUCUAUUUUUGGUUUAGCCCUGAAUUGUUGCGAAGAUUCACCUGAAGCAAGAAUUAAUAUUGCAGAUGUUAUUGCGUCGUUAAUCAAAAUCAAGACUUUGAUUCUUAGCGCAAGCAGGGUCUAG